CCUAUCCAUCAGCUUUGAUUGGUUCUUCUUGCCUUCGAUCCCUCGCUGUAGUGUGAUUGUGAACUGCGAGGUGCUCUGUUUCUUGCCUGAGGUGCGAAAGAUCAACCAGCUCUUGAGCCGAUUCGCCAUGGCCGCUUCGUCCCUCUCGCUCUCGCAACCGCUCCCGGCGACGGCGACGGCGCCGUGCGCGAUCCGGCGCGGGGCGCGCCACGGCCCGGCGCUACCGGCGAGGAGGAGGCCGGCGGCGCGCUGCGCGGCGUUCCGGCGGAACACGAGCGGCGGCCGGGGCCAGUACGGCGGCGCGCUGGUGGACGAGGGCAUGUCCGUGCUGCGGCGGCGGAUCCGGGAGGCGCGGAUGGCGGAGACCAACUACGAGGCGCCCGCCGAGUGGGCGGCCUGGGAGAAGCGCUACUACCCCGCCUACGUCUCCGACGUGUCCGGCCUCGUCGGCGCGCUGCAGCUGGCCCUCAUGGGCACCAGGCCCAGCGUCGCCAUCGCCGUCGCCGCGCUCGUGCUCGCCAGCGUGCCGGUCUCCGCCGCCGCCGCGAUGCACCAUCUGGCGACGGUGGCCGAGGCCGUCCUGCAGUCCGUGCACCACGUAUCUUGAUCGAGUGAGUCAGGCCCCGUGUUUUUCUUUGGGGGGUCCUUUGGCCAAAUGUGUUCCCGUACAUAGCUUAUUGUGGAGUUCGUGUGCAGCCGGAUUGAUUGAUACUAUAUGAUAAGAUUCUUUAGCGUUGACAGAUCACGA